AUGAAAGCCUGUAAGAUCAGAAUUCACCAUCACAUUUUCGCCUCUGUUUCUUCCGCCAUAGCAGGAGCUGCAAGCAACCAGACGUCUUCGGUACGCGUAUAUCCGGAAGAAGAUGGCAGAGAUUUCUGCAGAAGGAGAUGCACCCGAUUUGCUGCCGCCAGCAAAUGAAGAAGACGCCCGAACCAGCGCAAGCGAAGCGAGAAAGCCUCCUCUAAUUUCCUUGGCGAUGUUGAAAAGCGCGAUCGACAAAAAGGGUAUCUCCUCCCUCGACGUGAACGGGCUGAGCCGUGCAGCCUACGAAGGAGUGCUCCUGAAGGACGAGAAGCAGGGCCAGGCAAGUUCUACGAAGGACGGGAAACAGGGAAAGCCAUAUACACGCAAGUAUUGGGUUCACAAGGAGCUUAACAAGAACUGCUGGAUGGUUCUGGCUAAGGCCUUGUCGAUCAGUUGGGGCGACGAUAGCCGAUACUGGCAAUGGCCAGAAGAGGAGGAGCCAUGCUAUCCGGACAAGGAGGAGGUACACGUCGCCGAGCUAAUAAAGGUUUGCUGCCUAGAAAUCAAAGGGGAAUUCAAUACGAUCCGUCUCUCUCCGUGGACGACGUACGAAGUUAAGAUCCUCGUGAAGAUGAGACCCAAAAGCAGCGGUUGGGAACAUCCGGUGAACCUCAAUCUCGCUCUACCAGAUGGAACCAAGCAGGGACGCACGGAAAACUUGGGCAUAUUGGAGAAGGAGAAGUGGUUUCCGAUUAGCAUCGGGAAGUUCGAGACGACGCCCAAGACCAUUGGCAAGAUGAGCUUUUCGCUGGCGCAAACUGAUGGGAAUCGGAAGAAAGGCCUCUGCGUCAAAGCCAUUCGACUCAUGCCAACAACAGGAGAGAACGAGCCGCCAAGAUAAUUGCGUGAAUUGUGGCUAUAAGUGUUUGUAUUGAUCUCCUUUCUCUUGUUUGCUGAUGUAUCCUCGUAAUGGUAUUGUUCCGAAUAUGUCUCCAUCUUGACAAACAAUCAAAGUUCCACAGUCGGACAUCUUUCUGGUUCGAAUCGGGC